AUGUGUACACCGACUGUCUGUCUGAACCGACAAUGUGUUCACCGACUGUCUGAGCCGACAAUGUUUGCACUGACUGUCAGUCUGAACCGGCAAUGUGUUCACCGACUGUUUCGCCCCAUGCCACCCCUGACCCCAGCAGACCCCGACAUCCCAGGCUUCUGUGCUGGGUGCGGCGGAAGGAUACUAGACCGGUACUACUUACACGCCGUGGAGAAACAAUGGCAUCUGCAUUGUCUCACCUGCAGUGUCUGUCACUUUCGCCUGGACUCGGAGAUCACCUGCUUCGCUCGCGAUGGGCAGAUCUACUGCAAAACGGACUAUUAUAGGAGGUUUGCCGUGAAGAACUGUGCUCGUUGCCAAACUCCCAUCUCGGCCAACGAGCUCAUCAUGAGGGCCAAAGAGCAAGUGUUUCACCUGACCUGCUUCUCCUGUACAGCCUGCAACCGGACCUUGAAGUCCGGAGAGCAGUACGGCCUAAAGGAUAAUCUCAUUUACUGCCGCAUGGACUAUGAACUGAUGUUCCAAUCAGACUUCAACCUGUUAAGCAUUAGCCCCGGCAUGGGCCCUCACGGGGCUCACAGCCCUGGGGCCGGCCCCGGACACAUUUCCUUCUACAAUGGUGUCGGCGGAGUGCAAAAGGGAAGACCCAGAAAGAGGAAGAGUCCAAUGAACGACGGGGACUGUCCAUCUCUGG